GCGAAUCGAAAGGGGGCCGAAAAGUAUUCCUCUACUCACACACACUGUCUCUCUUUCCCAAGCACCGCAGUCUCCCAUCGCUCUAUUCCACUUCGAUCAAAAACAGUUCGCCAAGAGUAGUUCAGAAAACACGGAGCUGGCCGACGAGUGAGAACCGUCCAUCGCCGUCAUUCAUCGUCCGUCUCUAGAUCAAGAAGAAGACGACGCAACGAACCGCCAUAUUGUGGAAAAUGAGACAAAAGAUUUUUUAAGUGGUGCAAUGUUUCGGUGAAAUACGUGACUUUUCCUCGAGUUUCCGCGUCUUGGAAGUGAAAAUUUUGCAAAAACAAUAAGUACCAUGGAGGAUCUAACGAAAACCAUUAUGUUCACAACAAACGCCAUUCAGAAUGGAACACCAACUACCAUUCAAUAUCAAACGGCGGAUGGAAUUUUGAAAACACCAAAAAUCGAAGGGCAGAAAUCAGGGCAACAAGAGUUCCCAACAUUCUGCUACACAACAAACAAUUUAUUGCAAACGAACACAACAACCGUGAAUCUUGCACAGUUAGCAGAUGAUACGAAGACAUGUUAUAUUGCCGCCCAACCGAUCGGUUAUAAUUAUGCGCUCGUCAAUCAGAUGCAACUUGCACAGAAUGGAACAGUGGCUGGUAUAGCAACGGUUGACGGACAAGGACGUCUGCAAGUGGUUAACAAACCAGUAACAAACACAAUAUCGAAUAUAAGCUUCAAAUGUGAUGUUUGCGGACUCAUGUUUACCCAUUUAACACUCUUGAAUCAUCAUAAACGCAUACACAACCAAGGAGCCACAGACAAUAGCGACCAAGAUCAAGCCAUAACAGUCGUGACACAAUCGCAGAAUAUCGUCCAAGCGCAAAACCUGGUAUCUGAGAAUGGUCAGACGCUUGGUCAAAUACAAAUAGUGGCAACUGAAUCCCUCGAACCCGCACAUCAACUUCAGCAGACAAACGAAGUGACCGUAUCCACAACCAAAACCAUUACCUUGGAGAAAUUGAAAUGUAUGACAUGUGGAAAUACACUAGUAGCGAAUCCAAAACGGAAAGGUGGUCCGAAAGUGCUUCGAUGUGAAACCUGUACAAACAAUGAUAAUAUGCAAGCGAGUCAACGCGCCGGGACACAAAUUUUUGUAGCACCCGACGGUGAUGUGAAAUUUGAAAUUGGAGAACUGCCCACAGGGAACGGUGAUCCAACAAUUGAGACGCUAAACACCCAAAAUGUUAUUCCUUUGACCCAAGUCUCCAACAACAAUGUUCAAAACGUUGUAAAAAUUCAACAAAAUCAACAACCCGCAAAUAACACCAACAAUAUUCUGCCUGGGCAUCAUCCGGUCAAACGGAGAAAUCUUGCUUCCGUGACAAAAUGUCAAAAGUGUAAUGGGUCGGGUGUUAUUUUCAUUGGCUGCAAUCAAAGGAAUAUCAAGCCUGAGCAACCAAAACCCUUUCAGUGCAAUAUCUGCGGCGGGACAUUUUCUCGAUAUUCGAGUUUGUGGUCGCAUAAGAAAUUGCAUAGUGGCGAGAAAAACUAUAAGUGUUCAAUUUGUGGAUUGGCUUUCGCAAAAGCUGUGUAUUUGAAAAAUCAUUCCCGCAUUCAUACAGGCGAAAAACCCUACAAAUGUCAAACCUGUGGAAUGCAAUUCUCACAAUCGCCACAUUUGAAGAACCACGAGAGAACGCAUAGUGGUGAAAAGCCGUACGUUUGUGAAGUAUGUGAUAAAGGGUUCGCGCGACAUGCAACACUGUGGAACCAUCGACGGAUCCAUACGGGCGAAAAGCCCUACAAAUGUGAGAUUUGUGGUUCAGCCUUCUCGCAAGCUGCCCAUUUGAAGAAUCACGCAAAAGUUCAUUCCGGCGAGAAACCAUUCAAAUGCGACAUUUGCUCGGCGGCGUUUGCUGAUCGGUUCGCACUGAAAAGGCAUCGUGGAAUUCAUGAAAAAUAUGGUCAAACAGCACCUCGUCAGCCAGCCCAAAAACCAGCAGAACAACAACAAAACGGUGAUGGGAGUCAAAACCAAGUGAAUACGGUUGUAAUCCAAAAGCAGGAAGCAGUUGAAAUGGACGAUGGCACCCAACAGACCGAAGUUAUCAUAUCUGGAUUAUAAGACAACGUGAUAGUUCGAGCUAUCGAUAUAGUUUCGAAACUGGAUACAAUUUAGAAAGGAAAAGGAACUAACGCAAAAAUCCACAUACACACCAUACAAAAAACGAAGACUGGAUAUGUAACUAUAUAAAAGAAAAAUCAUUUAAGACAAAGACGCAUGUAUAAACACUACUGUAAGAAUAACUUCUAAUGCAAACGCUUGCAAGUAAGUUAAUCCCGAUCCAGAGAGUCAUUACAGAGGGAAUUGUCUCUGUCUCGUCAAGGAUAUCUUCCAAAGAUUUCAAACGAAAUGAUAGACGAUUUGGCCACUAGAUUAUGGCUACUUAGGUUCCAGUAACAGUAUAGACAUACUACUCUCACAUAUCCUUAGCCCCUCCUCUGAAGUUUAUUUUUAUUCCGUCAAUGAAUAUACAAUGAUGUUCUAUUGUAAAAAAUUAAGGAAAAAUCAGUGAAGAGAAAAUAUAAUUGAUUUAUUGUUAAUUAUUUUAAUUUAUUCAAAUGGUAAAGGACUAGAUCAAAGAAGCAGCGAGUGAAGUGAGGCGAUUAUAAAGUUCGCAAGAUGAUAAAUUUCGUUUCCUUUUGUGAAGAAAAAUAUUACUUUAAGGAUUAGCGAGCGAAAAAACAGCUCAUAGAUAUUAAUUUUACUACACACGCUUUUUAAGAAGAGAAUUAUUAUUCAACUUACAAAUAGAAGAAGUAAAUAUGUUUAUCAAAAUUAGGUGAAAUUAUGAGUCGUGAAAUUUAAAACUGUAUUCUUCCGGACAAUAUUGCUUUGUAAAUAUAUAUAACCGUAUUGAAAUAAUAUUAUCUUUCUUAAAUUAG